GAACGAAUGUGUGCAUCAAGAAUUGAAGAAUAUGUAAAACAAAUAUUUAAAAAUAGCAUAAUAAAUAUCACUGUCAUCAAAGAAGAGCAACAAUUGCUUAAAGAAUACCCACUACUACAUGCUGUAAAUCGUGCUGCGAGCACCGUAGAGCCGAAAUCAGCUCGCGUAAUAUACCUGGAAUACAAGCCAGACGAGGAACCCCAACGAACUAUAUUUUUAGUUGGCAAGGGAGUGACUUACGACACUGGCGGAGCCGAUGUCAAAGUCGGAUCAGCAAUGAUAGGCAUGUCGAGAGACAAAAGCGGAGCGGCAGUCGUCGCAGGAUUCAUGCAUUUAUGCAACCUGAUACGGCCGAAGAAAUUACGUGUGGUAGGAGCAAUGGCGUGUGUCCGCAACAGCGUUGGACCAGAGAUGUACGUUGCUGAUGAAAUAAUUACAUCGCGUUCCGGCAUGAAUGUUCGGAUUAUCAAUACUGACGCCGAAGGACGAAUGGCAAUGGCAGAUGUUCUUACAAAGUGCCGAGAAGAAGCGGAAACCAGCCCUGAUCCUCAUUUGUACACCAUUGCUACAUUGACUGGACAUGCCCAAUUAACCGUCGGAUUGGGUUACAGCAUCGUUAUUGAUAAUUCAGUGGCCGCGUACCACGAUCACGCCCAAAAACUUCAGCUGGCAGGCGAGGCGGUUGGACAACCGUUCGAAAUCAGCAAAUUACGUAGAGAAGAUUUUGCCGUAGCGGUAUCAAGUGUAGGAAAAGGCGAAAACUUAAUUCAAUGUCUGGCUGGAGCGUCAUCUCGACAAAUGCGCGGACAUCAAUAUCCGGUGGCUUUUUUGACACUGGUAUCUGGCCUGGACAAACACGGAUUGACAUCGGAGAAGCCAAUAUCGUAUUCUCAUUUGGACAUCACACCAAGUGUACUCUGGCCACCUGAAGUAACGACAGGUUCACCAGUCGUAGCUUUGGCGCAUCUUCAUCUAAUUCUUGAACAAUCACAAAUGAGCUGCUAAAUCCAGCUCGAAGAGAUAUGAAUUCCUAUUCAUAUAUUCGAGCGCGGCA